AGUAGAUGGCGGUCACAGUUAGCACCACAGAAGAAGAAGACAAAAGAAGAAGAAGAUCAAGUUGGAUGGGGAAAAGUUAACCUGAACUAAGAUAAUAUAACGUUUAAUUGAGAGUUGACAAUGGCAUCUUUUGUCACCGAGGUGCUUGCAAGCUCGGGAAAACUAGAGAAAGAAGACCUUGCUGGUAAAAUAUGCAAGAUAUCACGAAGGGUGGAGGACACGAAGGAGGCGGUAUGUGACAUGAUUAACAAGCGGUAUAAGGAGUUCCUGCCUAGUCUUCAAGCCUCUGAGGAGCUGAUGGACCAGGUGGAGAAGGUCUCCAGAGAAAUGGAUGUCCUCAAAGACUGUAUUGAUAAUGAAGUUCAGCAGAAUAUCCAUUGUUCGCUGGCAGAGUAUGCCAAAGUGAAGCAGCAGCUGGAGAAAAACACAAUCAUAUUGACUAUGCUGGGACACUUAAAAGAGUUCCACAAUGCAAUGGAGGACUUCAGCAAAGCCUUUGCAGACAAUAGAUAUGUGGAUGCUGCCAAGUUGUUAGAACAGGCCCAGCUGAGUGUUGAUUCGCUGAAAACAUGGAAGAGUUCCGAGCUGCCCCUUCUGCGUGCACUGGGCUCAGAGUUGAUCGUUCAGAGGGAGAACUUCAUCUACCACCUCGGUGCCGAGUGGAAGCGUCUGGCCAUCUGGAAGUUACCCUCUUCAAAGGAACCCACCAACCCGAGAUGGUCCCUGAAAACAGAGUUGAAGUUAACCCUCAGCUGCGGUAAAGACGGUGACCCCGGUUGUCCUGCUCAUCUCAGCUCCAUCCUCCAAGCCCUGGCUAUGCAAGGAGACCUUCACUACAAGAUCAAGCUCUUCAGCCAGGUUCUGCUGAAGAACAUGCUGAGGCCACUCAUCGUCCACCGGGGUUUAUCGGUGAGGGUGACAGAGAACAGCGACGGCCCCACCCUGACCGUGGAGCACCUGGACGCUGAGCUCCAGCCAGAUCACUCCUCCCCCUCCCAGGUGUACACCAAGCUGCUGCUGGUACUCAGAACACUGCACUCUCACCUCUUGGACAUGUCUGUGGGCGAGAAGAAGCUCUCUGCCAUCCUGGGAGAGAUGAUCUGGGAGGAGCUGUCCCACUGCAUCAUCCACGAGUGUCUGGUCUACUCUAUCCCCACCAAGAGCAGCCAGCUGGAGAACUACAAUGCGGUGAUCAAGGAGACGGAGGAGUUCGAGAGCUCCCUGAAGGAGAUGCAGUACUUGCAGAGUGACUCCACAGACCUGCUCAAAUACGCCAAGGACGUCAACUGUCACUUUGCCAGCAAGAAGUGUAAAGACGUCAUUGUGGCGGCACGCAAGCUCAUGACCUCCAAGAUGCACAACACCGUCAGAAUCAAACCAGAGACCCGGCUGACCCUCCCCAAGCUGCCGGCUCAGGGCUCGGAGGCACCCGGGAGGCAGCAGAAGAUGUCCAGCGAGGAGGAGGUGAGGCUGGACGGCCACCAGCAGCUCUCCUCCAGGACCCUGUGUCUCCCCGUCUGCCGCAUCAGCGAGUCUGUCCAGCAGCUGAUGGAGCUGGCCUUCAACACCCAGCGAGAGGCCGUGGGCAGCUCCGUACAGUGUGCCCUGCAACUUUUUUUCACCGUGAGAAACAUUUUCCAGUUGUUCUACGACGUCGUGCCUACUUACCACAAAGAGAACCUGCUGAAGUUCCCUCAUCUGGCGGCCAUCCAGCACAACAACUGCAUGUACCUGGCCCACCACCUGCUCAUCCUGGGCCACAGCUUCCGGCCCCACAUGCCCCCGCCCCUCAGCGACGGCAUCGCCACCUUCGUCGACAUGGUGCCCGGCUUCAGGAAGCUGGGCGCACAGUGCUUCCUAGCCCAGCUCAACACCCAGAAGGCAGAGCUGUUGGAACGUCUGUCCACCGCGCGCAACUUCUCGAACCUGGAGGACGAGGAGAACUACACCGCCGCCAGCAAGGCAGUGAGACAGGUCAUUCAUCAGUUGAAGCAACUGGGCAUCGUGUGGCAGGAUGUGCUCCCAGUAAACAUCUACUGUAAGGCCAUGGGAAGUCUUCUCAACACGGCCAUCUCUGAAGUCAUGGCCAAAAUCAUGUUGCUAGAGGACAUCUCGUCUGAGGACGGGGAGCACCUCCACACGCUGUGUCAGACCCUCAUCGUGGAAGGGCCGCUGGUCUUCGUCCCGCUGGCCGAGGAGAGCAAGAACAGCGUCUACCAGGAGGAGGUCCCGCUCUUCGUCAAGAGGUGGAUGACCUUCAAGGAGUUGGUGAUCGUGCUGCGGGCCAACCUCCAGGAGAUCGUCAACAGGUGGGCGGAGGGCAAGGGGCCCCUGGCCAUGGAGUUCUCGGGCCCCGAGAUGAAGAGCCUGGUCCGAGCCUUGUUCCAGAACACAGAACGACGCGCCUUGGCUCUGGCCAAAAUCAAAUAGUUUGUCGUCAGCCUUCUGUUCCAGAGGAAGAACCAAACGAACACGUUGACCGUAUCUACAUUUUCUUUGAGGAAUCAGGUCUGAGCAUUACAAUGUUGUUCCCUAUCCCUUAAUGAGACCAUGGGAAGAAAGUGUUCCUCUCUCCCAGUUGUGAUGCAAGCCAUGCAAGCCCUUCUGGUCUCUGUAUUGGGGAUGUCGGCCAUAACCAAAACAUUGAUUAAUGCACAACUUGGUGUUUGCCUUUGAGACGUGUUUUACAGUUUGUUAUGCUGAUUCAUACAUUUUGUAUUUAGAGCCAGUGUUGGCGGUUGGACAUGUUGAAUUACAGUGUACGAACAUUUUCCCUAAAGACGAUGCUGUUGGUGACAAUAUGUGAAUUGAAACAGCAACCCUGUGGCCAUGUCCUUUAAACAUUGGAGAUUUGUAUGUGAGCAUUUAAAUAUCUAAUUAAUGGAUCCUUCAUGCCUGUGUGGAAAAUUAGAAAAAAAUUGCAAAUUUGAAGUAUAAUUGUAUUAAGGGUUCUGUAUAUUUGUAUUUGAAAGUAUAACAUGUCUCUCAAAGCUCUUUUGAACCACACCCUGGCACGUCUCUACCAAACAUAAAUAAUAAAUGUAUGCAUACAAUCAA